GGUGUUAUUAGAAAUCGGCCAACAGCCUACCUGAAAUACUCACCGUCAAAAUGUUUAAACAUGAGCCACAUUUGCUCCAACUGGGCACAAUUAAUUCUCAUGGAUGCAUCGCAGCGUUCGACUAAAUGGUGAACGAAUGAGAGGAAGAUGAUGGACGACGACAUAACAGACAUGCACAUUCCAGACACUUCGAUAUCGAACGAAGUACUCAAAGUGUUGCAUCUAGACGAGACCGAGGAGAGUAGCACCCACUCUGAGCAAUAUGAGUCGGCCCAGGACUUAACUACACCGACCUCUGAAAUAGACCUUGCAUUCACAGAUGAGGAGACCGUCGUCACACCGGUGGAGAGGAGGACAUUAGACACAUUUCAUGAAAGCCUAUCUCGGAUAGUUGCAGAUCUCCAAAGAAAACACAAUGAACUAUUGUCGACCGUUGAGCAACUAAAUGGGAAGAUUAAUGACCUCUGUGAGGACAACAAGAAACUUCGAGAUGAGAUUAAAAAUCAGUGGGAAGUUAUCCAAGAUGCAGGUCUGUCCAGUCCAGCGCGCAUCAAGAAGAUCAUUGGACACAGAGGCGUGGAUGUGACUGGACAAACCACCUAUAAACAGACCACAGCCUCUGCUCUUGAGCAUGCCAUCAAGCUUGGUAUUGACUACACAGUGGAGUUGGCGCUUUGUAUGGACAAGAGAGAAGUGCUCAUUCAGGACUUUGAAGUCGUUGAGAGCAUAUUUUUCCCCAGACAAGGCAGCAUAUGGACACGGCAACACCACCACAAAGAUUUUAGUUUUACAAUAUAUGCGCCAUUUGGCUUUUGUUAUUUCAGAACGAAAUUUGGCAUCUGUCAUGAGGACUUUAAGGUGGCUCUAUGCGACAGACCCCUGAGGGAGCUGCCUAACUCUGGAGCAAGUGGCUCACUCUUCUACAUUUCAUAUGAUGACAGAUUCAUCCUUAAAACUGUGGAAUGCAGAGAGGCCGAGUUUCUACAGAGAAUGUUGCCUGGAUACUACAAUACCCAACUGCGCAACAGGUACACCCUUUUGCCCAAGUUCUACGGACUGUACUGCGUGUCCAUGGGUGGCAAGAACAUCCGCAUUGUGGUGAUGAACAACCUCUUGCCAACCACUGUGCCAGUCCACAUCAAGUAUGACCUCAAGGGCUCCACCCACAGGCGACACGCAUCAGUGCGAGAAUGUGCCAAAGAGAUGCCGACAUACAAAGAUCUGGACUUCUUGAGGGAACUCCCUGAGGGCCUUCUGAUGGAGGCCGGACACCAUGAUAUUUUCAGGAGAACCAUACAUGAGGACUGUUUGCUAUUGCGAAGCUUCAGCAUAAUGGACUACAGCCUGCUGGUGGCGAUACACAAGGUAAAGCCAGGAGAGGAGGACAUCCGCUCACUAACAUCCGAUCACAGCAUUGGAGUUUUCCCAGCGUCCACGAGCAAGGGAGAGAAGAUGCUGGUUUUCACCGGGAUCAUUGACGUCCUGCAGUCAUACAGGCUGAAGAAGAAGUUGGAACACUCAUUGAAAAGCAUUUUUUGGGACGGUGACACCGUGUCAGUGCAUCAACCAGGAUUUUAUGCUGAACGCUUUGAAACUUUCAUCUGUGAAAAAGUGUUCAAGAGGACUCCAUUGAAAUCCUCUAAGAGCCAGGUGGGAUGUCACCUGGAGCCUCGCCCGUCUCCCAGCAAGAGGGCUGCUGUGGCCACACACCAGCCUGGUCACCACAGCGAGGCUGGCCACCCAAGCACUCUCAAGAGCAGCCCUGGCCACCAAACCAGUAAGGCCACUGGUCAGCAGGGCCAGGGCUCUGCAUCCCCUAAGCAUUGUCAGUUUGUGAAAUGAAGCAGGUUUUUACAAAUUGUCUUAUGAAUAUGAAUUUGUUUGCACACAUAAAGCUGGCUAUAGAUUGAUUUUUAUUUGACAAUAUCCUGAAAAAAAAAGUUUUAAAAACAAGUAGCAAUUAAAUGUAUUCUAAUAUUCAUAAAAAUUAA